AAUUUCUAGUUCAUGUUAAUUUAAUCUAAUCUAAGAAGUAAUUCAAAUAAUUUAAAAACAUUUACACACUAAAACAAGCUUUAGAAAGAUUAUAACCCCCGACAAAAAUACUAUAGUAAAAAUAUUUUAUUACUUGUAAUUUCGAUAGAUGUCAAUUUGUUUAAAAAUAAAAAAAAGACAUGAAAAAUGUAAAAUAAUUUGAACAAACAAUAUUUGCAGUAAAAAAUGACAAAUAAGAAAAGGAACAUUAUCAAAGGAACAUUUUAUUAUUAUCAAUUCUAAUGAAAAGGCAUCCAGUUUAGGGUGUACCACGCCACCUUCCUAUAGUCAGUUAAAUGAAUGAAUAAUAAUAAGGUAAGCAAAAUAUUACAUAUUAGCCAUAUGUUUUUGAAUCCUCUCAAUUGGAACUAGUGUAAAUAUUAAAUACUGGUUUUGGUUAUACAAACCUACACUCAAAAAAAUGGGGUGUUGAACUGACAUAAAAAAAAUUAUGGAAAGAAUUUGCACCUGAUAAUAUUGCUUUCCUUCAGCAUUUAGCAAUUGUGUCCUUUUAACAUAAAGCACACGUCUCGCCAACAUUAGCACUUAUGUUGCGCGAACAUAACGCACUCUUGUUGAGCCAACAUAAGGCACUCAUGGUCACCCCAAAAUACAUGUUGAACCGACAUUAAAGAAAUACAUAAUUUUCACCUGAUUAAAUUGCUUUCCUUCAGUAUUAAGCAAUUGUGUUCUUUUAACAUAAAGCAGACAUGUUGAACCAACAUAAGGCACAACUAGGACUGUCGAAUUUAUCGCGUUAACGGGCGGUAAUUAAUUUUUUAAAUUAAUCACGUUAAAAUAUUUAAUGCAUGCACGGAACGACCCACUCACACAUUGCCGUAAACAGAUUUCAAUUUCGCCGUUCUACGCAUAUAUAGAGUUAAGAGGCAGUGACAGGUGAGUAGAGUGGAUGCAGGCAUUCAUUUGGACCGUGCUUUUAUUUAUCUAUAGCUUUGACAUGUCUUCCACAACAAUACUAACUAUUGAGGCGAGCAACGUUGGGAAGACUAACAGGAAUUGCUCUUUUUCUUAACACCCUACAUUGUACACAACACAGAGACGAUAUAGUAUUUGCAACCGCUACACACAGUCAUGGUUACCCACUUCCCAUCAUGCAUUUGGGCAGAACAGUUUUGUCACUACAUUAACUUUUACUGAAAGCUCAACAAAUACACUACAUGGCAAUAUUUAGUCACAAUAUACAAACUCACAUUUAUCCUUUAACAAUCUAUCCGUGGAUCCCUUUCACAGAAAGAAUGUUGAAAGAAUAUUGUUAAUGCCAUCUUGUGGCUUAAUUGAUAUAAUAAACAAAAACAGUACUUAUGUACAGUAUGUUGAAUGUAUACAUCCAUAUUGUCUUAUCUUUCCAUUCCAACAAUAAUUUAGAGAAAAGUAUGGCAUAUUUUAUAGAUGGUUUGAAUUGCGAUUAAUUACGAUGAGUUAAUUUCUAAGCUGUGAUUAACUCGAUUAAAAAUUGUAAUCAUUUGACAGCCCUAAUUUUAACAUAAAUGGCCGUCAAUGGCAUCAAUUUAUACAUGCCUCAAUGGAAUCCAGUACAUUGGCGUCAAUAGUAGCGAAAUACAUGAUAGUCAAUGGCAUGGACGUACAUAGCUGUCAGUGGUAUUGACUUACUUAGGCGCCACUUCAAAGUCAAUGGGCUGUAACGGUAAGUGGUCAAAAAUCACAACCACCUAUGUUUUCCUGUCAUUGAAAAUGAUGUGAAAAUGCUUGCUGUUAAAAAUGAAUGGAAUUCCGGUCAUUUUUUGAUAUUUAAACGGUGCCGGUCAGUCAAACGGUUUGGAGUCUCCAGUUCGCCGAAAAAACGUGGAUAAUAAGAUUAUGUAUGAAAGAAAUAAAAAUAAAGUUGAAGAAUUUUACUAGCUAGGCCUGUGCCUUGCAAAGCCCCAUCUAAUUAAAAAAAAAAAAUCACUUUUCACAAACAAAAUAAUAAUUAAAUGGUGACGGUUAUUGGGCCGGCCGGCUCUACCAAUGAGGUGUCACUUAGGGAGUUGGCAACCCUCCUUUUAAAUCUCGCGAGAAAUGACGAGACUAUUGCAAUUGGUUGGAAAGGCACGUUAACAUUAUGUUGCAUCAACAUGAUCUACUCUAGCUACUCAUUCAUUGUUCACAUUUAUGUAUGGACUGCUCACCUUGGAAACAUGAUGUGCUCUUGCUGAAGAUGCACAUUGUCUUUUAGUAAACUUUACAACCUACUGGAGUAAUUUUUUUAAGUGUACUUCCAGUUCAGGUCACAGAGUAUGUGUUGUGGUAGUUAGUAAACAAGGGAAAUUGAUACUUAAAACAGCUAUUGAUGUGUAUUGCUGUCAAGGGCAGCCAAAGAGUUCAGCUAUGUGAGGUCACAAGAGACAAGAAAAAAAAACCUCCCAGAGGUGUUGCUCCAUCCUAUGGCGGCCUCUUGGCGUUGUCCAACGUCCGCCUUCCUCUCCUCUUUCUACCCCCUUCAAGUGGGUGGCACAUAGGGUUGCCAACUCCCUGGGGAAAAAAAGGGACACCUCAUUGAUAGAGCCGGCCCAACGUCACAAUUUAAUUAUUAUUGUCUGUAUGGAGUGGCGCCCCCAGGGGGUGGCCAUGAACCCCCCAAUAAUUUUGUUGGCCACCCCACUGGCCACUUCGCUUGCCAGUAUAUCAUUAGAUUGUUGUAGCAUCAGUUAUGCAUUUCAUCCCAUCACAUGUCCUUAAGUAUUUCUGAUAGUUUUCACCUAACCUUUUUGAAUGAAUCAAUGAAUGAAAUGUUUACUGUCAUUAUCAUCGGUAUCAUUGACAAUUGCAAAAUGUGAUAUGAUUUGCCUGAAGAAAGAAAGAACCGAAGAAAGACAAGGGCAGACGGUAGAAGCUUACGCUUAUCAUUACCCAUCCCCCUACAGCCAAGGAUGCACAACUUGGCAUACAUCAACUUUUACUGCAAUAAUAUCAUGAAAACCUGAAAUUAUGGCUUUUAGUUUUGGUGUGCCACCCCAAGAUUUUAAGUGGCCCCAUCUGGCCACCCCAAUGAAAAAUUUCUGGAGGAGCCACUGAUAGUAUUCAAACAUUGAAAGUAGAGAUGUCCCGAUGCCGAUCAGUCGGGUCCGAUCACGUCAUUUUCAAAGUAUCGGAAUCGGCAAAAAAAUAUCGGACAUGCCUUUUUUAAAUAUAUAUAUAUUUUUUAAUUAAAUCGUUUUCUAAUUGUAUUUAACGUUACAGACAUAAUAUGUUACACUCAUCCAGAGUCUUUAGUUUAGGCUUAAGGUAGGGUUAUCAAAUCUAUCCCGAUAACGGCGGUAAUUAAUUUUUAAAAAAAUGUAUCACGUUAAAAUAUUUAAAGCAAUUAAUGCAUGCGCUGCACGACCCACCCACGCAUUGUCGCGCUCACUCUGUAAUGGCGCCAUUUUACCUAUAUAGAGAGCUAAAAGGCAGCGUAAAAUGAGUAGAGUGAAUUUUGGCAGCCUUUGGUGCCUUUUUUUAAUUGGCUAAAGCCUUACAAUCCCUCUCCCUCCCAAUCCCUGUUAAACCUCCUAAAACCACAAAGGGAAAAAAAAAAAGAAAAAGAAAAAAAGAAAAUCAGAGCUAACUAUCCAUGCUGAUCACUUGUCAGUAUGUCAGCCAAUUGAAUUGAGAACUGGAGUCCACGCCACGGAGGGUGGUUAGCUGAGCCAUCAGACUCAGAUAUCUGCUGCAGCUGUGGAGCUCCGUGCUGUCCGUGGAAAAAAAAACAUUUUAUAAAAAUCCGUUGAAACGGCUGACGCGAAACUAGCACUUUAUUAUGCUUGUUGUCAACACUUGUAUACGUAAAUCUGAUGUUAGUAGAUAGCUUUGCUCUUGAAUAUGCCCAUGUGGCAGCCAGGCAGGUUGUUUGUAGGAUGGUGUCUUGACAGUUGCUGUCCUAUUUUCGGGAUCAAAGCACCGGUCCGCCAUAGGCGGAAUUUGACUUUUGGGGCAGGGGGGGCACAACAUGUUGCUGACCCCAAAAUGCAGUGUCAGCAAUUAAAAUUAACUUACAAGAAUAUUUUAAAAAUAAUAAGUUGACUAAUGCCCCUUUCCCACUGAAACUAGUGGGUCAACGCGCGUUUUUUUCCAAGCCGAUGCAACCCACUAGCAAUUGGCAUUUGGCACCUUUCCCAUUGACAAAAAAAGCCGUGUCUUUUUUAUUAUUUUUUUUCACCCGUCUAACCCCCCACCCCUCCUCAGCCGUGCGUAAGGUUACGUGACGUCACCACGCUAAGAUCAACGUCGACAAGUGCGACCGAAUUUAUUCAGUUCAAGGAAGUAAACAAUGCAGAGCAUUAUGGAAGCCUCCUUUCCGUUUGUGUUCUCUGUUUUCAUGCUUUUUACUGCCCUCAAAAUGGUCGAAAUGCGGCAAAGGACCAACACUCUGCUUGUGCUGAGGCAACGUAGGCGACGUGAAUUCUUCUUCUUCUACUAGCUUUGUUGUUAGCAUCGACGUAACUACGGUUGUGGGGCGUGUUAAAUGGGAGGCAACUGGCAUGUUGUUAUGACGCAUCACGUAAGAGCCGACGUCACCACGUAGAUUAGGGUGUUGACUGUUGACCCGGGGUUUUGCUUUCACACUGCAUGACGAUCAGAGCCGAGGUGAUUUUAACGCGGGUUGAUUGACACGGGUCGAGGCGGGUCGCUGCACCUUUCCCACUGCCACCAAAAGCCGAUUAUUAGUGGCUUGACACGGGUUUUUUGGUCGGUUGGAAAGGUAAAUGAGUGUUUUUUGUUUCCCAUCAUUCUUGAGGGGAAUUCUAAAUCAGGCUGCUUAGGCAAUACUUUUCGCCAAGAUCGUCAUCCAUUGAAUUUGGUACGCCCGCUGUUGUCGUGCCAAUGUAGUUACCCCAGUCAAAAUUUGUAUUGUAUUGUAUUGUAAAAAGUAUUUUUUUUUGAUUGAAGCAACUUUUUGAUUGAAGUAAUGUUGAUUUGUUUUUGGGCCACAUUUUGGGUAGCACAUUUUUGUCUUUAUUAUUCAAUCAAAAAAUAAGUUGCUUCAAAAAAAUAUAGAUUUUCAAAAAGAAAAAUCACUUUAAUCAAAAAAAGAAAAAUUUAAAUCAUAGAAAAAAGUUUUUGAAUGCGAAAAAAUAUUUGAGAUUGAAAAAUUUGCCUUUGAACACUUAAUUUUUCAUUGAAAACGUUUUCUUUGAUUGAAGCAAUCCUUUUUGUGUUUGGGCCAUAUUAUGGGUAGGACAUUUGUGUCUAAAACAUUCAAUCCCCAAAAAAGUUGCUUCAAUGAAAAAUAUAUAUACUGUAUAUGUAUUUUUUUCAAUCAAAGAAAAAAAUCAUUUAAAAAAUAUAUAUCUUUCUCUAAUAUAUGCAAAGCAAAUGACUAAGGUGCUCGAAAAAUAAUUUCGACCCAUUAUAAAAAUAUGUUGGGUUUUUUUUUUUGUUCCUUUCAUUCAUUUUUGUUGCAGUUGUAUUGUUUUAGAACUUAUAUAUAUAUAUAUAUAUACUGUAUAUAGGAAAGUCAAUUACAUGCAAUGAAACUUUUCGGCGGUCCGCCCUGUUCCGGCGCCGAAUCUCUUACCCGAACAGCGUUCCAGACCGUUCCGGCCCACUUUCACCCCUGUUAAAAGCAUUAAAAAAGCUGUAAAAAGAGUAAGUCGACUCUGGAUAUCUUUACCACAACUUUUAUCUCUUCGGGGGACCAGGGAGAAAUUCUCCCCCGUGAUCUAUCAAUUUAUUUUCUAUAACCCUUAUCCUGUCCAAUCUAUUUGAAUUGGGAGGGUUUGUUCCCUCCCACUUGAAAUGGAUUGGAGGUCUACUAGUGUUAAACUAGUCAUUAACUCAAUUAAAUUCACAGCAGAAGGAUGUAAGAGAGAAGCACCUUAAAUGUGUUUUAUAAACUAAUUAAGUUCUAAUAGUACAAGCCUGCAAAAAGCCAUGUUAUAAGUAGUGACUCUCUGUAUAAACUAGUGCCGUCGUUAAUCAUUUUUCCAUAUUAAAAACCAUUAUUUUAUCAAAUUUUAAUACUUGUGACGUCAAGCGAUUAAAAGAUUAAUCGCAUGCUGUCCAUAGUUAACUCGCAAUGAAUUGCAUUUUGUUUUAAUUUGUUGAAAUGCAAAAAUGCGUAUAUAUUUUCAGUUAUAAUAAAUACACCUAAUAGCUCAGGAGAUGACCAAAGUAAGAGUUAAAAUAAUGAUAAUAACAAUAAUUCAUGCAUUAAAGAGUUUUAGAAGGGUUCAUGCCAGCUUACUUUACUAAAUAAAAUUUAGUUUUGGAUUUAUUUAGAUUUAGUUUUACUCUUGCAUGUUAUAAACUAAAAACCAAUGUAAGUCCAAGAAAUGUUAACCUUUGUGACUUUAUUUCAAUUUCACCUACGUGGCUGUGCAUGUUGCUAACUUGACCUGUGUUUGUUUUGGCCGAUGACGACUGGGUGAAGGUGCAAUUUAGAGUCAUAUAACUUCUUACACUUUGUCUUCCAUUUGAGAGUAACCCCUAGUUGUGUAGGUGUCAUGGAGCUUUCUGGACCAAUUUUGCUGCUGGUGCUGCUUUUGGUUCUGCUGUGGUUACUUUACAACAAAAACACAGGUCGUCUUCCUCCAGGCCCACUGGGGUUUCCUCUGCUCGGAAACCUGCCGCAACUGGACAAACAUGUUCCUUUUAAGAGCAUGCUUCAGCUGAGUGAAAGGUAUGGCCCAGUGAUGACACUGCACCUAGGCUGGCAACGCACAGUGGUCCUGGUUGGCCACGAGACCGUCAAAGAGGCUCUGGUGGACAACGCCGACGAUUUUACAGGCCGAAUGCAGCUACCGUUCCUCGUCAAAGCCACCCGAGGAUAUGGUUUAGGCCUCAGCAAUGGUGAGGCCUGGCGUCAGCUACGACGCUUCACGCUGACGACGCUGCGAGAUUUUGGGAUGGGUCGAACAGGGAUGGAGGCGUGGACCCAGGAAGAGAGCACACACUUGGUGGCACGAUUUCAGAUGCAGAAAGCCGCCCCCUUUGACCCAUCAUUCCUGCUGAGCGGCUCCGUGUCCAACGUGAUCUGCUGCCUAGUGUUCGGCCAACGUUAUGACUAUGAGGACGCCGACUUCCUGCAGCUGCUGGCCAUCGUUUCCGAAAUGCUCCAGUUUUUGGCCAGCCCUCUGGGGCAGAUGUAUAAUAUUUUUCCAUGGCUGACCGAGCGGCUUCCUGGUCGCCAGCACAAGGUGUUCACCAAAAUAGAGGUGGUGAGAUCUUUCAUCAAGGAAAAAGUCCGGCAGCACCAGGACUCGCUGGUUCCCGCCUUGCCCCGAGACUACAUCGACUGCUUCCUCAACCGUAUCCAACAGGAGAAGCACUGCGACUCCACCGACUUCUUCUACGAGAACCUAGUAGCCACAGUCAUGGAUCUCUUCAUAGCAGGAACCGAAACUAGUAGCUCCACCAUCCGAUAUGCACUUAGUGUGUUGAUCAAAUAUCCUGGAGUACAAGAGAAAAUGCAGCAGGAGAUUGACGCCGUGAUCGGACGAGACCGCUGCGUCAGCAUGCAGGACAGGAAGUCCAUGCCCUACACGGACGCUGUCAUUCACGAGGUGCAACGAUUCUUGGACAUUGUCCCUUUGAACGUGCCGCACUACACGCUCCGUGACAUCACUUUUCGUGGUUACACCAUUCCCAAGGACACCAUCAUUGUGCCACUGCUGCACUCUGUGCUAAAAGACGAGACGCAGUGGGCGCAUCCUCAAUCCUUCGAUCCGCAGCACUUCCUGGACCACAACGGCAACUUUAAGAAGAAUGCGGCAUUCAUUCCUUUUUCAUCAGCCAGCACCUUCACGUCUGGUUAUGUGGAGGAUGCCCGGGGUAAAUGGAGGCCGUUAUGCCUAACGUCCCUCCAGAUAGAGGACGCCGAGGACCUGUAUAUCUUCGGCUCUCUGAUGGCUCUUGCCUUCCUGUUGCUUCUUGGUGCCCUCUGGGUUCGCCGAUUCUCGAUGAGGAUGAAGAACCAACACCACGAGAUACUGGAGGUUGCUCGUCACAACGGCGACAAAUUGGCACAGGUGACGAAGGAGCAAGCAACGCUAAGUGACGCCGCCGCACGACUGGUCACAAAAAUUGACGCGGAGCUGCGUGAUCGUGAGAGACUCACUCGACCAAACCGGGCAAGGGAUGAUGAUGACUAAUCUCCUGAAGCGGAUACUGCACACGCGAGCCUCCAUAGCACCCCAGGCCUUCCCUCCCUUCACCUACUUGGACAUCAACUGAUACAAUCAACUCAAAUUGACAAUAUGCGAAAUUUCCAUGGCAAUCAAUGACUUUUGAACGAAAUGCGUUAGACUAUGACUGGACUGAUACACAAUAUGCUGUUUGUGCGACCCGGGCUGAUGGGGGACGGGUUUCCGAUAAGCAUUUGCUUUUCCCGUCUUCCUUGUCUGUCUUCAUCUUCGUCUUUCCUUCGGGUAAACAAAAUCCCACACUC